AUGAUCAGCUUUCGACAGCAAUCACUGAGCAUCGGCCGCCAAUGGUCGUCAGAUCUUUCCAGACUGUCUAGCAGGCCCAUUCAAACUUCAAUGCUGGGUAGCAUUGGGCAAUUGCGUCAUCUACAACAAGUGGCACAUACACAUGUAUCUCACUCGAAAUCUUCGAGAAACGGCAUUUCGACCAAGGAGGCAGUUUGUCAAUCACAAAAAAGACAGCCGACUCACACCUUGAACAAACCAUUCUCGCCACGUUCAUCUUCCAUCCCUACCGGGCAUCCAAUCCAACGUCAAGUCUCAUACAGCACUGCAUCUAGUACAUCUACUGAUCCUGUGAUUCACGACAUCUUCGAACCCACAACCUCAACAUGGCAGUAUAUCAUUGCCGAUCCGUCGACAUCAACAGCUGUCAUCCUCGACCCGGUCUUGAACUAUGAUCCUGCCACUCAGGCUGUGACUACUCACGCAGCCGACUCGUUGCUUUCUUCGGUCAAGGAAAAGGGCUACAAGAUCGACAAGAUUCUCGAAACGCACGCUCAUGCAGAUCACUUGAGUGCAGCAUCUUAUCUUCAAAAACGCCUUGCCCAGGAGCAAGAUCACAAACCCCCCAUCUGCAUUGGCAAGCGCAUUGAACAAGUCCAAAAGUUGUUCGCCGAAAGAUAUGGUGUUCCGCCAAAGGAGUAUACAGGUGUUUUCGACAAGCUGUUUGACGACGAUGAGACCUUCACUAUUGGCAACCUGAAAGGAAUGGCGAUUCAUCUACCCGGACACACCCCGGAUCACCUUGGUUACAUGAUCGGAGAAAACAUAUUCUGCGGUGAUUCUCUCUUCCAUUACGACAUUGGCACUGCACGCUGUGACUUCCCCGGUGGCGAUGCCAAUGAUCUUUACCAAUCGGGUCGGAAGCUUCUCAGCUUCCCUGAUCGCUUCAAGAUCUGGACCGGUCAUGAUUAUCCCCCGGCAGAACGAGGUGUCCCUGUGCCUUGGGUGAGCGUUCAGGAUCACAAGUUGUUGAAUAAACAUCUCAACGAUAGUAUCUCCGAGGAAGAGUUUGUCGCCUUGAGAAAGGAACGCGAUGCAGGAUUGGCUGCACCCAAGCUGCUCCACCAAUCUUUGCAGAUUAACAUUCGAGCUGGGCAUCUUCCUUCACCAACGAAGUUUGGCCAUCGGUUGCUUCAUGUUCCAUUAAAGGUCACCGGGGAAGCAUGGUAA